AUGCUUACAGCUGUUCGUUGCAAAUCACCGGUGAUCCAUACCAGCAAAAAUAAGCCAUCGCUCAGUGAGCGCCAUCGAAAUUUUCAAAAAAGUUGUGCAAGAAAAUCGAAUCCAGGAAUCAAAGCACGUUUGAUAAAUUCAAUUUGCUGGGCUUGGAGAGAAUUUCAAUAUUGGCUAUGCUACUAUAAAGAUGAAGACGAGAUAGACGUUGAAGAACUGUUAACAAAUCCGUUUAACACUCAGCCACCGUCAUUAAAUGAAUUAAGCCAAGUUACUGGUUUCCAAAAACAAUGGAUAAUGUUUUUGUACAGAAAUUUUAAACAGAAAUGCUUGAAUGGAAGAAUGUCUAUGGUACAGUGGCGUCAAAUUUUUAGACAAAUUUUCAAGAAUGCUGCUGAUAUCGAAUAUGCAGACCGAAUUUUUUUGGCUAUUGCUGGUAAUCGUUCCCAAAAACUAAUUACUUUCGAGGAUUUAAUAAUGUACCUUUGUGAACUAAAUCAAUGGCAGCAGCUGAAAGUGAUAAAUGAUAGUAAUAAUCCGUCAGCGAUGGCUCAAUUUGCAUUUAGUCUGAUGAAACCGAAUGAAAAAGGCCAAGUAGAUAUCAAAAAUUUCACUGAUUAUGUGGAAUGUGUCUUUUCGUUGAAUUCUCGUCCAGUUGGCUGUUCUGAAAAUACAUUCGAUCAUUUCCAAGUUAACACUUCCAAUUCUACCUUCAGUAAAACCUCUUCACGGUCACCGGCACUACAGAAUUUUGCCAGUGAACAGUUCAGCGUUUUGGACAAAGAGGAAAAAGGUUACAUAACAGUGUAUGAUUUGGAACGGUUAUUUGCCGAAUUGGCCAACGACAAGACUACGGUGGAUUUUGAAAGUCAUUCCAAUGGUAAAACUGUUAUUUACUGGGAACUUUCCUGUCGCUUGACAAAAAAUACACGGGGUUAAUU